AUGAGCAGAGUAGUGAAGAAAUGGCAAGCGCGGGAUCACGAAGGCGGGCUUAACAAGUGGCAUAAUGUGAUUCGUGGACAUGAAGACGAUAAAUUAUUUAAUUUGAAACUGUGGUUGUUGGUUGGUGGUGGACAGACGACAACAGCCAGUUCACAAUCGCCUAUCUCGGCCACAAACGCUCCGUCACUGAGCCCGGGAGGGUCGGCAACAGGCGCGCCAUCAGGUGCCUUAAGCCCCGGGGCUGUCUCACAAACCUCAAACAAUGCGCCACCGGCAACUUCCUGCUGUGAAAAUGGCAGACCCAUUAUGACCGAUCCUGUAUCAGGACAAACCGUAUGCUCCUGCCAAUAUGAUUCAGCGAGGCUAGCGCUGUCCAGUUACUCCCGAAUACCGACUGGCAGUGUUGGGGUCUACGGUACACCUUAUCCCUCAACCGAGCAAAACCCGUACCCAAGCAUCGGCGUAGAUAGUUCAGCAUUUUAUUCACCUCUUAGCAACCCAUAUGCUUUAAAAGAAAGUGGACCAACUAGUGAUAUGACGGCGUGGACAUCGGCGGGCCUGCAGCCAACGACCGGAUAUUACCCGUACGAUCCUACCCUGGCCGCCUAUGGGUAUGGCGCUGGAUAUGAUUUAGCGGCCCGCAGAAAGAAUGCAACCCGUGAGUCGACCGCAACGUUAAAGGCGUGGCUCAACGAGCACAAAAAGAACCCUUACCCGACCAAGGGCGAAAAAAUUAUGCUUGCAAUCAUUACCAAGAUGACACUGACGCAGGUGUCCACCUGGUUCGCGAACGCACGCCGGCGGCUGAAAAAAGAGAACAAAAUGACGUGGGAGCCCAAGAACAAGACGGAUGACGACGACGAUGCGAUGGUGUCAGACGACGAGAAGGAUAAGGACGAAAUGGAUCCGGACAAGAGUCGGGAUCAUAAAGAUAUGCAUCAUCACGUGAAAGCGGAGCACGAUAAGGACGAUGACGACGACGAUCUCACAGACGACGAAAGGAAGCCGGAAAACUUAAUGGGGCAUCCGAGUCAUUUGGGGCAGCACCAUCCGUACUACCACCAUACGAUGCUCGGGGGACACCACCACCAUUCAGGACUCAAAUCAGAAUUGGACCAUCCAAAAAACCAAACGAGCAGCGACUGUGGAGUGCCGAUUCCAGCCUCAAAGCCGAAAAUCUGGAGUCUAGCAGACACAGCCGCUUGCAAAACUCCACCACCACAGGCACUUCACAGCUCUUGGAUGACCGGCGGCUAUCACCCAGGGCAACAUCAUCAACAACAGCCUCCGCAGCAGCAUCAGCAGCAGCAGCAGCAGCAGCAUCAUCUGCAGCAGCAGCACCUGCAGCAACAACAGCAUCACAACCAGCAGCAACACCCGGGCAGUGGGAUGAUGAUGGGCGACGCAAGUUCCCCUAUGAAUAUGAAUAUAGCAAAUACACCUCACAAUCAAGGUAUGGGGACUAUGGGCAGUGGUAUGAUGAGCAAUUUCGCGAAUACCCCAUAUUCCCGUUAUGGGGGGUUUCUAACAGGAGCUCAACAUUACAAUACUACCCACAACAACAACAACAGCAGCAGCAACAACAACAACAUCAGUCACAAUAUCAACAGCAAUACGACUACGGGUCCGGUGACGGUUGCUACAACUCCCACUUUGCAGCAACAGCAGCAUCAACAGGCCGGGAUGCACCAGCAACAGCAGCAGCAGCAGCUUCCGCAGCAGCAAUCCCAACAGCCUAUGAACAGCAACAACAGCAAUUCCCAAUCGAUGGGGUUUCCAGAGGUCCAGACCGACACUCCGCCUCAAACACCACCGAAUAUGAAGCUACCCAGCGUAGCGGGGAAUCUGCUUACAACCUCAGCAACCCCUACGACCGGUACCUGCUAUAAUGGUGGCAACACUGGUAGCAACCUUAGUAGCGGAAGCAAUAACAAUAAUAACAACAACAACAACAACAACAACCUCACUGCAAACAACAACCUAAAUGGCACAAAUGGUUACGCAUCAUCCCCGGAAUCAAUGGGACAAGCUGGCAAUCAUCAAGGGCAAUCGCAAAACAACUACUAUCGAAUGCAAACUAAUUCACCGCAAAAAGCGCAGCAAGAUUUUUCCCAACAAAUGCUUCAUCAACCGGAUGGUUUUAAGCCAUUUUAUAAAAAUUCACCGCAAAUCGGCAACGGGUUCGUGUCUCCGGUCUAG